UAUACGCUUUUAUUAUUAUUUUGAAUUGGUAUAAUUCACAAACCAUUAGUUUUUGUUCUAAUUUACACGCUAGCUAGUGUAUAGUGUCACUCUGCCAAAUAUCACAGAUCUGCUUACUUAUCGGUUUUGAAGCCCGAUAAAGUACACGUAGAGACGCAAGUGCACAUUUUACUUUGUUGUACUCUUCUGCUCGCUUUAACCCUACAAAUAUCAAACUCCUCGCUAUACUAAACUAUGAUAACAAAGAGAAAUCAAAAACACAACUAAUGGCUAUUAUAAGGAUCAGAUUUACAUUAAUCGUAAUAUAUAUUUAAGAAAAUCAAAACGUUUUUUAUAUUAAUAAACUCGAGAUAGAGUAUCAGGCAACGAUAAAUAAUCUGAUGAGCUAAAUUCGUUAAUACGAAAUAAAUCAUUGAAUAGUACGCGCGGUCUCAUGCGCGCUCAUUACAUUCUCGAUUACGGUAUGUAACAGAUAUGAUAUAGGCACCGCACACUUUUCAUUUCCCACGCUGCAAUGGAACAAGCCAGAACGAAAAACGACGACAGUAUAAUGAAUCACGCAUCUCUGAUACACAUGAAAGAUUGUUAGAAAGUAAAAAAGAUCUAUUGUACGAGCCGUCGACGAAGAAGUCCAAGUUUGUCCUUGUCUCUAGUUCGCCAAGUGGUCGCUUCCUCCUUUCCAUUUUGAAUGCAAAGCAAAUUGGUGCGGUCGGCUUGCUCGCGCGCGUCUAAGCGUGAAACUGUGCCGAACGUUUCGAGUUGAAAGCGGGUUUCGCGCGCGACACGCGAACAUUAACGCGUCGCUCGUCGCGCUCGAGCACUAAAAGUCAAAAGCACAGAAGAGGCAUAAAAUCGCCGAUGAGAAUACACCACCAAUAGCAGGCCGACAUUAUCAAUGAUCAACACGUUGCUCUGAUAACGAAGAUAACCGGCGAUGCUUCGGUAGUACCGGCCGCAGAAGAUAGCGAAUUAGUGUUACGCACACCAUGACGCGCGACCGAUUGCCCGAUUUGUGUGCAGACAGGAAGUGCAAUGUUGCGCCGAGCAACAGCUCUUCCAAAUAUGCGCAGAGCUUUAGGAAGCAUAACAAAAAGUUGCAUGAUCUCCUGGACGAAGCUCAGCAAACUCGCGGCUUAAUAGAUGUAAUGAUUGAAAAUGUAGUUAUCGUUAAAAAUAUACACAACGAUGUACUUCUGCACACAAAUCGAGGUGAAAUUUUGCUAGUUAACUAUAUGAGUCACUUCACAAAAAUCCAACACAAGCCGUUUUCUCAUUUUACAGACAUUCAAAACGAGUUGAAUGCUCGGACGUAUACAAUUAAUCAACUAGCGCAUAGAAUCUACAAUAAACUAAGAGAACUAGGAAAAAAUGUCAACAGCGGUGACGAUUUAUCAUUUAACACUGCCAGGCAAGGACCGGUAUAUAACAGAAUUAAAGCUUUGCAAUAUAUGACAAUGUUUAAAAUGUACAGUGAUAUAAUGCAAGAUUAUAAUGAGAAUCUAUUCAGAUAUCACAAUAAGUGUUCAUCAAUUUUGCAUCGUCAACGACGUUUAUUAAGAAAGCAAAUUACGAGUGAAGAAAUAGAAGAUAUGAUUGAAUCUCCAGAAACAAGUUUAUUUGUUGAUAAUAUUUUAGCAGAGACUAAAGAGGCUCAACAGCAACUGUCAGACUUAGAAACUAGGCAUAAAGAAUUACAGAAAUUGGAAAAGUCUAUUGCUGAAGUUAAAGAUAUAUUUUUUGAAAUGGCAUUUUUAGUCGAAAGACAGGGAGAACAAUUGAACUGUGUAGAAUAUUUUGCUAGCAAAGCAACUGAUGACGUAGAUAAAGGCAAUACUAAAAUUAAGAAAACUAGAGAAAAAAAACAAACACAAAGAAAGCGUAAAAUUAAGAUAGCCAUAAUCGUAGGUACUAUAGUUGUUAUAUUUUUCACCAUAGUGAUAAUUUGUUCAUAAAAUUCAUUUUAUAAAAGUAUAUAAAAAGCACAGUGAUACAUUUUAUAGUAAAAAAUAAUACUUAAAAAAUAAAAUAAAAAUUGAUAGCAAAUAAUUUAUUUUGUUCUACUUUUG